ACGAAUCCCACCGCAAAACCUCCUCCCCUCGCCGCCGCCGCCAUGGCGAGUGCGCCGCAAAACCCCACCGCGGCAGCCGCCGCCGCCGCCCUCCGCGUGGCCGACCUCCCCGGCCGCGGGCGCGGCCUCGUGGCCGCCCGCGGCGUCCGCGAGGGCGAGGUGCUCCUCUCCGAGCCGGCGCUCCUCCUCUACCCGUCCGCCCUCGCCUCCCUCCGCGCCUACUGCGCCGCCUGCUUCCGCGCCCUCCCCGCCGACUCCGCCGCCGCCCCCUGCGCCUCCUGCCGCGCCGCGGCCUUCUGCUCCCCGGCCUGCGCCGCCGCCGCGCACCCGCGCCUCCUCUGCACCGCGCUCUCCCACUGCGCCAGCGCCGGGCUCGCCGCCGCCGCCCCCGCCGAGGCGGUCCAGGAGCCGCUCCUCUUCCUCCUCUCGGCCUACUCCCUCCCGGACCCCGCCCUCCGCGCCGUCCUCUCCCUCGCCUCGGCGCCGCCCCCGCCCCCGGGCGCGCAGGACGCCGCGGACCUCCACGCCGCGGUGGCGGCGCUGGCGCCGCCGCACCUGCUCCCCGCCGGCUUCUCGCCGGACCUCACGGCGGCGCUCCUGGACAAGGACCGGGGCAACAGCUUCGCCAUCAUGGAGCCGUACCGCCCCUGGACGCCGCUCGAGCUCCAGAAGGCGCGCGCCUACGCGGUGUACCCGCGGGCGUCGCUGCUCAACCACGACUGCCUGCCCAACGCGUGCCAUUUCGAUUACCCCGACAGGCCGGGGCCGGGGAACACCGACAUUGUGGUGCGUGCGCUGCAUGAUAUACCAGAGGGGAGGGAGGUCUGUAUCAGUUAUUUCGCCGCCAAUUGGAGGUACGCAGACAGGCAGCGCAGGCUGCUGGAGGAUUAUGGGUUCCGGUGCGAGUGUGAUCGGUGUCAGGUGGAGAGCCAGUGGAAGGAUGAUGAUGAUGAUAACAAUGGGGAUGAUGCCAUGGAGGAGGAGGGUGAGGAGGAUGGUGCAGAUGGAGGUGAUGAUGGGAUGGAGGAGGAAGGGGAUGCUGAUGGCGAUGAUGAUUUCCCUCAUGCCUACUUCUUUGUGAGGUACUUGUGUGACAGUGAGGGUUGCUGGGGAAUGCUUGCUCCAUUGCCACCCUCACCGAAUGGUGAGCUGUCCCAUGUGUUUGAAUGCAAUGUCUGUGGGAAGCUGAGGAAGGAAGAGGAUGUCAUGCCUGAUGAGGGCACUUCUGGCAUGGUCCAUUAGGAUGCGUUAAGCAUACUGAUCUGAUUGCUGCAUCCCUCUGCUUUUCGGCAACAUUUACCUUUGAUUCUUUUUACUAAUCUGGGAUUUUUGCUAUGUUCACAUCUUUAGUAACAUUUCUGAAGCUAAGAUACAAUUAAUUGUGCUCUAUCAUUUGAUUUAGUAUCUUACACUGUUCAAGAAAAUAGUGUUCAGUCCGUGAUUUGCAGAUGUGGAGGAUCUAUGGAAUGAUUUGAUUAUGUUGCAGUUUUAAACAUGUUAUCAAUAAUCUUAAUCUACCUCAAUUUUGUUAGGUAACUUUCACAUUGUUUGAUGCAUAGAUCUUUUAUGGUCUCUCUGAAUUCCCUUGUUAAAUUCAAUUCAGGAAAAGGGAACAGUAUCAGAAGUUAAGUUAUAAUUGGCAAUUUGUUACAGCUUUUCUUUUAGAAUAAUCAAAUGCAUUAUUCAACCUUUGGAACUUACUCCUAUUCAGAAUAUCCCCUUGUUGCAUCCUUUGAUUAUGACUAUUCCCUUGAUUUGGCAAUAUGGUUGCAAGGAUGUUAUUACUCUCACUUGGGGUCUAAUAUUGUUUGUUGGCAAGUGAGUAUGUGACCACCGUCAGCCAUCUGCUUGUAUUUACCAACGCACUAUUGACCUGAUGUUGUUUCAGAAUUUAACCUGCAUGAUCGUCCACCGUUAAAGUGUUAGUUCUGCCACACACUGUGCCACAGACCAUUGUGUCUGAAGCUUUGCUUGUGUAAGCUAGAUUUUUACUGCAGUGUGUACUUAUAAUAUUUUCUUGAGAGACUAUGCCCGGGGUCUAAGGUUGAGAGGUGAUAUGUUAUUGCACGGGUAGACCACAGGCUUGGUUAAGCAAGUGGUAGGAAGUAUCAAGAUGGUGUUUCAUGUUAUUGUAGUUUCCAGUGAGAUAUCUGAUUUGAACAGUUUUAGGCAUGGGAAUUACAAAUUUCUUAAUGGUUUGUCCUCUUGACUGACACUGAUAAUAUAAUUUGCAAUGAUGAUAAACUUAGCCUAAUUAGGCAUAGCCCUUGUGCCUGCAUUGUAUUAUGCUACAAAAUUAGCUGUGCUGCAUUCUUUUAGGGAAAUGACUACAUAAAUUGGCUGUAAACAGAGUCUGAGCAAAAAACCUGUGUUGCCGAUUGUCUGCUGUGCAAAUUAAUUUAUGGCAGAACACUUGGCGCGGACUUGUGUAUGGCGGCUGCCUCACCUUGAGCUGUUUAGUAGACAGAAGAAUGGGUUCGAUUCACCUGAAGGCAGGAACAUGUAUGGUCGUUGAUGGAAUACCAUACUGCAGGCGGUCCUUGUGCUGUGUUUGAAAACCCUAUUUGGGCUGUGCAAUUUCAUUACCGUGUACUGGAAAGCUCAUGUACUUAAGGGUCAUGAUAUCUCUGGUUUCAGCAUUACCGUGUGCUAGAAAUCAGUUUUGUCAUUUUGUGAUUGCUUCGCUCAUCCGUUGCAUUUCGUGUCUACUGAUGACAAUCGAGCAUAACUCAGCCUGUGUUUUCCCAAGCUCGUAUCUUGGCCAUGCUUGGAAAAUUCGGCCUCUGUUUCAUUUGAGCCUAUAAUUAUAUCAUGAAAAAGUUUGGUUGUGAA